AUGGUACUUGCUCGCCACGCAGUUGAAUUAGACAUCCCUGCUCAAGAACCUGGUCGUUAUGACGAAGGUUUCUGCACUGCUGGCUCCGGGCUAUUGGGUCAUCAGGCCAUGACACCAAGAACUCAAACUCGGGGAUACUUAGCGUUGCAGCAUGCAGCUACAAUCCAAUCCAGUGCUCUGCAGGCUUCAGACCAAUGGGCAAAGUUAGCUUCUGAACCAGCGCCCACCGGUGCUGCAGCGCUCUGCGGAUAA